UCCUCCCCCUCCCCUCCCCACCGGCGGGAGAGGAAGUGCCCGAUGUCCCGCGUGGUGAGGGGCGAGCGAGAGAAGUUCUCCGAAAUAUGAAGAAUUCUGAGCAAACAGCAAGGAAAAGGAACAAAGCUGAAGAUCCUAAUUGCGGCCAGGUUAUUAUAAUUGAAAGCCCCAAAAGACACUGUUCAGGUUUAGGCAAAAAAGCCAAGCCCCCAAAAUUAAAAUGUUUGGUAAAAGAAACGAAUUCAGAUUUGCCAGAUCCAAAGAAGAAACAGAGUGACUCUGAAUCAAAGAAGGAAGCACGGGCAAGCUCUCCCGUGGUUAUAGAAAGCAGCUCAGAUUUAGAAUUAAGAGACACCAAGAAAAGAAACAAGGUGUUGAAAAAAAAGAAAGACCGAAAGCUUUUUUGUAUACAAAUCCAAAACUCCGAUGGUUUGGAUGAAGGGCAGCCUGGUACUGAUUUUCAUGUGAGUAAGAAAGGCGAAAAGGCUGUUCUUGAAGUUGGCAGGCAAGAUGAAGAAUCGGUGAUGAAAAGGAAAAAGAAGAAAAAGGAAAAACGAAAAGACAAACCUGCUUGCCUUGAGCUUUUACACAGUGGUGACAGUGAAGAGGACGUGAAGCAGAUCUCUGCAGAACUGAAACCCGGUUGCCAAGAAAUGCCCUCCGGUCAGAAAAAGAGUAGGACCCUUGAGCAGAAAGUUGUGGGUGACGAAGUCGAGAAGAAAUACUUUGAGUACUACAAAAAAUACCUCGAGAACAUUUCAAAAAAAGACAUUGCCAGCUACAAGUGCGAAGAUGCCCAAAGUAGGGAUGGACCUAUGCAACGACGGAACGAUUUGGCCCGUAGAUCAGAAGAAGAUAGUGAAGCCAUCCAGAAGAAGAAAAAGAAGAAGAAGAAGCUGAAUAAAAUAAGUCCUGCUUCUCUUUCCUGCUUAGCCAAGAUCCAGGAAAACCACUGCAAUAUGAUGAGUGAAUAUAGUCUAAAAUGCGGAUCCGAGAAAAGUGCAGGGCUUGGCAAGGCUAAUAAGGCUGCAAAGAAGAAGGCCAAGAGACAAACCGGAGAUGCAAGCCGUUUUUCAGAAGCUGGCCAAGACAUCUCGUCGAAGGUGGGAGCGCCAGGUGGAAAGAGAAAGAAAGCAAAGAAACACAAAGUGAAACGAGAUGACCAGGAUGGAUUUGAGGGCAGCCAAGAACGGCAGGUCAAGAAAAAGAGGAAAAACAAGGAAAUUGAAAACUCUUGGGAUGGAGGGAAGAAAGCAAAGAUGAAACCGGAAACUAAGGUCACAGCCGAUGAAAUAAAAUUGGUGGCAUUCAGAAAAGGAAACUGUGAUGAAGUGAACAUAGACAAGGUGAGACGGCAAGAACUUCAAGAAGAGAUCGACCGGGAAUCUGGCAAAACCAAGAUUGCCAAGGACGGAUCGGAUCAUUGUUUGGGCCAGUGGAGCACAGCAACAUUUGAAAGUCUGGAGCAAAAGACCAAAUUUCACAGACUGAUGGGUGGGCUUAAAAAAGGCUUCGUCCCAACUCAGAGUUCAGCUCCAGCCAACGCUAACAAACCAAACCUGGCUCUGGACCGGCCCAGAGAGCAAGAACUGCAACAUAACCUAGAAGCAGAAUUCAAGAAAGCCAUGGAGUUUAAGCACCAUCGCGGAAUCGGCUUGGGGUUCCAGUCCAGUGCUCCCAGUGGUGCGCACAUAGACAAAUACGCUUCCAGAUCUAUUAAGUUUGAAGUCUGAGGAAGGGAAGGCUAAAUUGCCCCAACCAGAUGGGUUAUAAUUAUUUUUUUUUAAAUCUACAACAAGAAAAUAGAUAUGAUUGAUAUAUGCCUGAUGAGCCAUGAUUGACUUGAUUUAGGAUGGGUAACUGUGCUACGGUCGUUUAACAGUAUAUAAUUAAAUAAGUGGCAGGUAAGAAUAGAACAUAUUUUAAAUCCGAGGCAGGUGACCUGUGGUUUUGCCUGCAGUCUCAAUUUUUGCUGCGAGUUUCCAUACUGUGCCACUGAAUCUUGGGAGCAGACAGUUUGUCUGUUCAACACCUGGGCAAAUGACUACAUUAAAUUUACAGUCCUGGCCUCAGUGUUGUGCUCUUCUGUCAUACAGU